AUGCGUGAAAGCGGCUUCGGCAAGCUUCAGAAGAGAAUGAUGGGGAGGUUUUCUGAUACGCUGCAUCCUGAUGACGCAUAUUUGAGUUAUUACGAUAUAAGAUUGAUGCGAGAGGAUAUACAGACGUUGAAGAACGACUGGUUAACAGACAAUAUCAUUUCAUUCUGGGAGGAGUAUCUUGAGCAUGAAUACCUAUCAAAAUUCGAACACUCAAAUAUCAUCCUCCUUCGACCAAGCAUGUCAUUCAUGCUCCUACAAACACCAGAUCCACGCACGCUUCGCGAUGCACUUCCAAACUUCAGCAAAACAACCCACAUCUUCUUACCCAUCAACGACUGCCGGAACGUCACCGAAGCCGAAGGAGGGACGCACUGGUCCCUACUAUUAGUAUCAAUAGUGGACCGCAUUGCUUUUCAUUACGACUCGUUGCCUCCCGGAAACAGAAUGGAAGCAUACACAAUCACGAUGAAACUAGGCGCGUUGCUGAAUUGCCCAAUCCGAUUUGUUCAUCUUGAAGAUGCGCCGCUUCAAGAAAAUAGUAGUGACUGUGAAAGUCAGUAUGAGUUUGGCAGGGAAGAGGGUCGAUGCGUCUGCAGGAAGAAGACAAAUUCUGAAGAUUAUCGAGGGGUUCAGAAAGGAGGGGGUUCGUCGAAGGUCGCACAGCUCGAGCCCAUCUGA